CUACCAACUACGACACAGUAAUCGUAGAUACGAGGAAAUCGACUAAUAUUGAUUGCAGGCUUCAAGUCUAGCCAGUCAUAUUACACAGGUUGUCACUAAUUUCUCCCUCCCCGAGUCCUUUCUCCUCUUCACGAUGAACAUCCAAGGCCCUACAGCCUCUACUUCAGGCAAGAAUCAGGAUGAAAUGACUGGAGACGACAAGAAUAACGAAAAGCGUGAAGUUAAACCAGCGGUGAAAACCCUUAACAGAGUCCCACGUGCCUGCAAUGCAUGCAGAAAACAGAAGAUGCGUUGUGAGGGCGCCGAUAACCCUCCUUGUCGUCGUUGUCGCAACACAGGGUUAGAAUGUCUGUUUGAGAAGCCGUCGAGAGAAGCUAGUCUCACUGGUGAAGCUGGUCUAGAGCGAAUACGCAGCUUGGAGGCACAUGUUGCGGAUAUUCGACAUACACAAUCUUCCAUUUUAACCGUACUCACCGAGAUACAAACACAGUUGCGCGGUAGUAUUGCUCGUUCACCUUCAGCAUUCCCUCAUUUCCAUCAACAAUCACCAAACCUUCAUUCCCCCUCAGUAUCUACUCCGCCCACCGUUCAGAUACACGGAAGUGAUGUCCAUCCUUCCCCAUCUGGCCCCACAAAUGUUUAUCCUCACGGUGACUCCAGCCAGCAGUCCCGUCUACCACCAAGGCCCUCCAUUGGUACGCACCAUCCGUCGUUUUCUCAGACAUCUCAAAUUUCGCCCGGAGAUUAUCAGUCUUCCCAAUCCACACCUGCACCGAUGAACAACUAUCCUUCUGGAUAUAAUAGCGGUAAUGGUCCCUCAUCACAAGGCCCCAUUCUUCCACCUUUCUCCACCAUUCAAGCUAUCGGAGGCAGUCAUCAGCAAGUCUCGUCUAAGAGGCCUGCGCCAGGGUCCUCUAACGUCACGAGUGCAGCCUCGUCUGAUGUUGAAGAUGAAGAUAGCGGUGAACUACCGGCGUCCGGUUUACUCGCGCCAUGGGAGGUCCUCAGAGGUCUGGCCGACGUUGCCUCCGAAAGGGCAGCUAAGGAAAACGGCGAAAUCAGUCGGGCCCGCACCCCCACUCCUGAAAGACAGACUAGGCCUGCCAAACGCCGGAAACUGCGUCACAGGAGCCAACGCAUGUUGACUUUCCCUGACGUGGUCACCAAAAAUAUCAUUUCAGACGUGGAGGCUCACGAAUUGUUCCGAAUCUUCUAUCACGGGUGUUCUACCUUCUUGCCUGUGUUUGACUCAAAUACCGAUACUUUCGAGGCGUUGCAUGAGCGAUCACCGUUUGCUGUCAAUUGCAUAUGUAUGGUUGCCUCGCGUGUACGAGAUGGGGGUGGAAAACAGAGUGAAAUCUCCAAGAAAUGUUUGGACGAGGUGCAGUCAAUCUCAUGUGCCACAUUAUUCUUGCCUGUCAAUCGCAUCGAAGCGGUACAAGCCAUGGUAUUAGUUUCUGGAUGGUCGGAUAAUGGUUGGCUAAGUGGUGGGCAUGCGGUCCGCAUGGCAAUGGAGCUCUCUCUUCACAAGGCAUGGCCAAGGCUUCUACGAAGAAUGAGAGCUCAAAAGGUCAGUAUAAAGGAUGACCGUGAGCUGGUCGUUUCUGCGCGGACGUGGUUCUGCCUAUAUCUAUUCGAACACCAGAUGUCUUAUGGGACCGGGCGCCCCGCUGUGCUGAAAGAAGACGAGAGUAUCGCUAACUGUCGUCUACUACUUCAACACCCGUCGGCCAUUGAGGAUGACAUGCGGCUUGUCUCCACUGUGGAACUCAUCAUGAUUCGUGAGCGCGUUCACAACGCUCUUGCACCGUUCGAUGAGCCCGUCAAAGAUUCCGACUUUGAAGAGCUUCGAAAAGCGGACGUCCAGUUCCAAAGUUGGUAUGCUACGUGGGAUCAAUGUUUCUCCCAAAAGUAUGAAGAUGUUGCAUUCUAUCGGCAAAGCCUCCAGAUUCAGCAACUUCAUGCUGAACUCUUCCACAAUGCUACUACUCUUCGAGGGAUCAACGGACCCGAGGACGUGGAACGAAUGCCCGUGGUGCAGCGCGAACUUGCCCUUAGAUCGAUUCGGAUUGCGCGUCAAGGAUUGGAUAUCACAGUGAACUCUCCAGCUUACAGGGAAGGGAUGAAAUAUUCUGUGCACUACACUCACGUCACAGCGACGUUUAUGGCCUCGUUUCUACUGAGACUGGCACGUUUAUUCCCCGAACAGUGUGAUGUCUACGAGGUCAAAAAUCAAGUUGAGCGUUUGGCCACGUUAAUGGCCGAGAUACCAUUUCCCCGCUAUGCACUAACGCUCGAGCUGAUGCUCAAGCGUUUCCAGAUGCGAUCCAACUCCCUCUCUCCGAAAACAACUCGUGGUGAGCCGAUGAACACCCAGGGACAGACAGUUCCACAUCGGCCACCACAAGUGGAUAACCUAAACAUCAUGAUGCGACAGAAUUCUUCUCAAGUACCAUACUCACCUGCAUACGAAACGUUCCCACCAGGCCAUCCACAGCAUCAGCAUAUGGCGCACCCUCAUGCACAACAACAACAAAAUUAUGCAUACCCUGCCGAAGCAGAUCACAUUUGGAGUGGUUUUGAAAUGACAUCCAACGAACAACUUCCAGUCUGGAUGUCAGAUCAAACGUUGGGCGGUCACCAGUUUUCACAACACGGAAUGGAAUCGUUUUUAUUACCCCCAGAGUACUCACAGGCUGCCCAGCCUCCUCAAAUCUGGUAACGACUAUCUUAUGUAAUCUGGCUUAUUUAUUAUCUAUCUUUGCUCUGUGUUUGCAUCGGAUUCGUCGUGUUCUCCUGGCUAUUCUAUACCCUUUCCGAAUCUCUUGUUUGAUGUACUGACCGCAUAUGUAAAAUCUAAUCUAACGUUACCCCAGUCUUGGGGUGCCGGUCCGGCUAUAGGAUUUACCGGUUGAACACCG